CGCCCCCAACGGGGCAAGUUGACUUUGGCCAAGGUGGUCCACGCCGCCGGCGCCCCCCAACUCCGACCCGCCGGCGGCGGCGGCGGCGUCUCCCUCGUUAGCGGCAACGUCUUAACGGGCAAAGGGCCCCCCCCCUCCUGCCCCCGCCGGGGCGGGCGGGGCCGCCGGCUCCGCCCCCGCCCUGCAGCGAUUGGUUCCCGCCGGCCGGCCCGUCAAGCAAUUGGUCUGCAGCCCCUCAAAAGCGGGGCCGGGGGGGGCGGGACCCCCCUGAAACCCGCCGUCACCCUCGGCUCGGCCCCCGCUCAGGGCGAAUCCAAACGCAUCACCUUGGUCCUCCAACAGCCGCCGGGUGGUUCUUCUCCCCCCGGCCAACGUCACGUUGUCCUCGGUAGUUUGCCGGGGAAAAUUGUCCUCCAGGGCAACCAACUGGCCGCCCUCGGGCAAGCCAAGGGACCGGCCGGCCAACCCGCCAAGGUGGUGACCAUCCAACUUCAAGUUCAACAACCGGCGGGCGGUCAAACGGGUGGUCCUCAGAAGAUCCAACUUCUCCACCAAGCCACCGGCGGGGGCGGGGCCCCCGUCACCGUGUCCUCGGUGCCCCAGGUGGUGGGGGGCGGCGGCGGCGGCCAGAGGUUGACGGUGCCUUUGAAGGUGGUUCUCCAACCUCAGGCCGGCUCAUCUCAGGGGGGUUCCCCGGGCCUCUCGGUGGUGAAGGUCCUCAGCAGCAGCGAGGUGGCCGCUUUGACCACCCCUUCGUCCCGCGGCCCUUCGGAAGAAACGCGGAAACUGGACCAUCAGAAGAAACAGGAGAAAGCCAACCGCAUCGUCGCCGAAGCCAUCGCUCGGGCCCGGGCCCGGGGGGAGCAGAACAUCCCUCGGGUCCUCAACGAGGACGAGCUGCCCAGCGUCCGCCCCGAGGACGAGGGCGACCGGAAACGUCGUCGCAAGGGGGCGGGUGACAGGGCCACGCCCAAAGAGGAGAGACCUCGGAAGGGCAAAGGUCAAGGCGGAGGCGGGAAAAGCAAAGGGCGGAGCAAACCCAGCACCAUCACCCCGGUGGUGGGGAAGAAACGCAAGCGCAACGCUUCCUCCGACAACUCGGACGCCGAGGUCGUGCCGGCCCCGUCCCCCCGGGAGGAAGAAGAAACCAGCGUCCAGAAGCGACGUUCCAACCGGCAAGUCAAACGCAAGAAAUACACGGAAGAUUUGGACAUCAAGAUCACCGACGACGAGGAAGACGAAGAGUUGGACGUCACGGGACCCGUUCGCCCCGAACAACCGCCCGUAUCCCAACCUCCCGUCCCGGAGCCGGAGCCGGAAGGCGAGACGUUGCCUUCCAUGCAAUUUUUUGUGGAGAACCCCAGCGAGGAAGACGCCGCCAUCGUGGACAAGGUCCUCUCCAUGAGGGUGGUGAAGAAAGAGCUUCCGUCGGGGCAGUUGACGGAAUCGGAAGAGUUUUUCGUCAAGUACAAGAACUACUCCUACCUCCACUGCGAGUGGGCCACCAUCGACCAGCUGGAGAAGGACAAGAGGAUCCACCAGAAGCUGAAGCGCUUCAAGACCAAGAUGACCCAGAUGCGCCAUUUUUUCCACGAGGACGAAGAACCCUUCAACCCCGACUACGUAGAGGUGGACCGCAUCCUGGACGAGUCCCACAGCGUCGAUAAGGACAACGGGGAGCCCGUGGUCUACUACCUGGUCAAGUGGUGCUCCCUCCCCUACGAGGACAGCACUUGGGAGCUCAAGGAAGACGUCGACGAAGGGAAAAUCGGCGAAUUCAAGAGGAUCCAAGCCCGGCACCCGGAGCUCAAACGUUUGCCCCGGCCUCAAGCCGGUUCCUGGAAGAAACUGGAACUCUCCCACGAGUACAAGAACGGCAACCGCCUGCGGGAAUACCAACUGGAAGGGGUCAACUGGCUGCUCUUCAACUGGUACAACAGGCAGAACUGCAUCUUGGCCGACGAGAUGGGUUUGGGGAAGACCAUCCAAUCCAUCGCGUUCCUGCAAGAGGUCUACAACGUCGGGGUGAGGGGACCCUUCCUGGUCAUCGCCCCGCUCUCCACCAUCACCAACUGGGAGAGGGAGUUCAACACCUGGACGGAGAUGAACAGCAUCGUCUACCACGGCAGCCUGGCCUCCCGCCAGAUGAUCCAGCAGUACGAGAUGUACUGCAAAGACUCCCGGGGUCGCCUCAUCCCCGGCGCUUACAAAUUCGACGCCCUCAUCACCACCUUCGAGAUGAUCCUCUCCGACUGCCCCGAGCUGCGGGAGAUCGAGUGGCGCUGCGUCAUCAUCGACGAGGCCCACCGCCUGAAGAACCGCAACUGCAAGCUCCUCGACAGCCUCAAGCACAUGGAUCUGGAACACAAGGUCCUCUUGACGGGCACCCCGCUCCAGAACACGGUGGAGGAGCUCUUCAGCCUCCUCCACUUCCUGGAACCUUCCCAGUUCCCUUCCGAAGCCGAAUUCCUCAAGGAUUUUGGGGACCUCAAGACGGAGGAGCAGGUGCAGAAGCUCCAGGCCAUCUUGAAGCCCAUGAUGCUCCGUCGGUUGAAGGAAGACGUGGAGAAGAACUUGGCCCCCAAGCAGGAGACCAUCAUCGAGGUGGAGUUGACCAACAUCCAGAAGAAAUAUUACCGGGCCAUCUUGGAGAAGAACUUCUCCUUCCUUUCCAAAGGAGCCGGUCACACCAACAUGCCCAACCUUCUCAACACCAUGAUGGAACUUCGCAAGUGUUGCAACCACCCCUACCUCAUCAACGGCGCGGAGGAGAAGAUCCUGGCGGAAUUCCGCGAGUCCUGCCACCACCACGUCCCCCCCGACUUCCACCUGCAGGCCAUGGUCCGCUCGGCCGGCAAACUGGUCCUCAUCGACAAGCUGCUGCCCAAGCUCAAAGCUGGCGGCCACAAGGUCCUCAUCUUCUCCCAGAUGGUGCGGUGCCUCGACAUCUUGGAGGACUACCUCAUCCAGAAGAGGUACCUCUACGAGCGCAUCGACGGGAGGGUGCGGGGCAACCUGCGGCAGGCGGCCAUCGACCGCUUCAGCAAACCCGACUCCGACCGUUUCGUCUUCCUCCUCUGCACCCGGGCCGGCGGGUUGGGCAUCAACCUCACCGCCGCCGACACCUGCAUCAUCUUCGACUCCGACUGGAACCCCCAGAACGAUCUCCAGGCUCAGGCGCGGUGUCACCGCAUCGGGCAGAGCAAAGCGGUGAAGGUCUACCGCCUCAUCACCCGCAACUCCUACGAGAGGGAGAUGUUCGACAAGGCCAGCCUCAAGUUGGGCUUGGACAAGGCCGUCCUGCAGUCCAUGAGCGGCCGGGAGGGCAACAUCGCGGGGAUCCAACAGUUCUCCAAGAAGGAGAUCGAGGACCUGCUGCGCAAAGGGGCCUACGCCGCCAUCAUGGAAGAGGACGACGAAGGUUCCAAGUUCUGCGAGGAGGACAUCGACCAGAUCCUCCUGCGCCGCACCACCACCAUCACCAUCGAGAGCGAGGGCAAGGGCUCCACCUUCGCCAAGGCCAGUUUCGUGGCUUCGGAAAACCGCACGGACAUCGCUUUGGACGACCCCAACUUUUGGCAGAAAUGGGCCAAAAAAGCCGACUUGGACCUGGAGCUUCUCAACAGCAAGAACAACCUGGUGAUCGACACGCCGCGGGUGAGGAAGCAGACGAGGCACUUCAGCACCCUCCGGGACGACGACCUGGUGGAGUUUUCCGACCUGGAGAGCGAAGACGAGGAGAAACCCAGGUCCCGGCGCCACGAGAGGCACCACCACCACCACCCCCCCCACCACCACCACCAGCCCCACCACCACCCCCACCCCCACCACCAGCAGCCCCACCAGCAGAGCCUGCACCACCCUUACGGGCGGACCGACUGCUUCCGGGUGGAGAAACAUCUCCUGGUCUACGGGUGGGGCCGUUGGCGGGAGAUCCUGACCCACGGCCGUUUCAAACGCCGCCUUUCGGAACGGGACGUGGAGACCAUCUGCCGGACCAUCCUGGUGUAUUGUCUUCUCCAUUACCGGGGCGACGAGAACAUCAAGAGCUUCAUCUGGGACCUCAUCAGCCCUACGGAAAACGGCAAGACCAAGGAGCUCCAGAACCACUCCGGGCUUUCCAUCCCGGUUCCUCGGGGCCGGAAGGGGAAGAAGGUGAAAGCGCAGAAUUCCUUCGAUCUCCAAAAAGCCGAGUGGAUCCGGAGAUACGACCCCGACGCCCUCUUCCAGGACGAGAGCUACAAGAAGCACCUCAAACACCAGUGCAACAAGGUCCUGCUGAGGGUGCGGAUGCUCUACUACCUGCGGCAGGAGGUCAUCGGGGAACAGGCGGAGAAGGUCCUGGCGGGGGCGGUGGCCAGCGAGAUCGACAUCUGGUUCCCCUUGGUGGAGCAGCUGGAGGUCCCCACCUCCUGGUGGGACGCCGAAGCCGACAAAUCCCUCCUCAUCGGGGUCUUCAAACACGGCUACGAGAAGUACAACACCAUGAGGGCCGACCCCGCGCUCUGCUUCCUGGAGAAGGCCGGCCGCCCCGACGACAAGGCCGUGGCCGCCGAGCAGCGCCCGGACGCCGGCGAGGGGGUGGAUUUCGAAAAAGAGUGCGAGGACCCCGAAUACCGGCCCCUGCCGGGGGGCAAAGACGUGGACGAAGAGGGCGACCCCUUGAUGCUGCUGGACGAGGAGAUUUCGGUGGUGGACGGGGGACGAAGCCCCAUAGCGUCCCUGUGGGAGGCCGAGGAAACCCACAGUGACCCCCGGGAGACCCACCUCAAGGAGGUCCAUAAAGACCCCAAGGAGACCCAUAAAGACCUCAAGGAGGUCCAUAAAGACCUUAAGGAGCCCCAUAAGGACCCCAGGGAGACCCAUAAGGACCUCGAGGAGGCCCAUGAAGACCUCAAGAAGGUCCAUAAAGACUUGAAGAAGCCCCAUAAGGACCCCAAGGAGCCCCGCCAACCCCCCCAGCCCGGCCAACAGCCCUCCUGGCCCCCGGCCUCGGUGCUGACCUCCCGCCUGCGUCGCCUGGUGGCCGCUUGCCAGAGGUCCUGCCGCCGCCGGCCCCCGCCCCCGGAACCCGCCGAGCCCCGGGGCGAGAGGCGCCGGCGCCGCUGCGAGGCCACCUGCAAGCUGAAGGAGAUGGCCCGCAGGGAGAAACAGCAGCGGUGGACCCGUCGAGAGCAAGCGGAUUUCUAUCGCGUGGCUUCGACUUUCGGGGUGGAAUUCGAUCCCGACGCCGGAAGGUUCCGUUGGGGUCGGUUCCGGACUUUGGCCAGGUUGGAGAAGAAGACGGACGAGAACCUCACCAAGUUCUUCCACGGUUUCGUCGCCAUGUGCCGGCAGGUUUGCCGCCUGCCCCCCGCCCCGGGAGACGAGCCCCCCGACCCGUCGCUGGCGGUGGCGCCAGUCUCUCCGGCCCGGGCCUCGCGGGGUUUGCGUCGCCUCUCGCUGCUGCGCCUGCUGCGGGAGCAGGUCCUGCGGCACCCGCUGCUGCUGCCGCGCCUGGCCCUGUGUCCCCCGCCGGGGCCCGACCUGCCGCCCUGGUGGCAGCGGGGUCACCACGACGCCGAGCUGCCGGGGGCGGCGCGGCACGGCCUGGGGCCCCCCCCCGGCGCCCUCCUGGCCGACCCCGACUUCUCCUUCGCCGCCGCCCGAUGGCGCUACCUGAGGGGUCGCCACGCCGAGGCCACCGCCGCGCCCGGCAGCCGGAACGUCCCCCUCGGCACGCAGGAGGAGGAGGAGGAGGAGGAGGAGGAGGACGA